UGUAAACAGACACCUGCUAAGCUUACGGGUCCUGCAACUCUCUCGCCUUCUGAACGAGUUUCACAGCUGUUGCCCUCCUGCAACGCAUCUGCGGAUUCCACACUGUCUUCCCUCUCUCUUCUCGCUCCACACUCGCUGUGUAUCGGUAAGCUCUAGAUCUGAGUUGGGUUCCUCUUGGUUUCCGGGAUCAGUCGCAGUCUGCGGUGUUUCGUCAUUGAUGUGCGCGCGUUGGCUCCUCUCGGAAGCGAAUCUUGGAGUUCGCUUUUCUUGGCUUCUGGAGGUCAUUGCAGUUAUUUUGAGUCAAUGAAUUUUUUGGGGUGAAUAGGUAUAACUAGAGUUCCUUGAGAUGGCGGCUAUACCGAUGGAGUUCGCGGCAGUUAACGGAUUGCGAGGUGCCACCUCAACAACCGCUUCGCUGACUUCAACAUUGAGGGGCCAGAAGUUGAAUGUGAAUUUGAACUUAGUUAGACGAACAGGGAAUGUUGGUCCAUUGGAAGUAUUUAUGACUGCUACUCUGCCCCCUAAAACAAAAGGUGCACCUAUAAGUAAGCGACCAACGGAGAAGCACUCCAAAGUUAUGCACUCCAUCUCACCAGAGAAGUUGGAAAUGUUCAAGUCCCUUGAAGGCUGGGCCUCCGAGACUCUCCUGCCUUACUUAAAGCCUGUAGAGAAGUGCUGGCAACCACAGGAUUUUCUUCCAGAGCCCUCCGCUGAGGACUUCUUAGACCAAGUCAAAGAGCUUCGAGAGAGAGCAGCAUGCUUGUCUGAUGACUAUUUAGUGUGUUUGGUCGGAGACAUGAUCACCGAAGAGGCUCUGCCUACGUAUCAAACUAUGCUGAACACAUUGGAUGGGAGUCGGGAUGAAACCGGUGCCAGUCCCACUCCUUGGGGUGUCUGGACCCGUGCAUGGACUGCAGAAGAGAAUCGCCACGGAGAUCUUUUAAAUAAAUAUUUAUACUUGACUGGCCGGGUGGACAUGAAAAGCAUUGAGAAAACUAUCCAGUACCUUAUUGGAUCUGGCAUGGACCCUCAAACAGAGAACAAUCCCUACUUGGGUUUCGUUUACACCUCCUUCCAGGAAAGGGCAACAUUCAUUUCACAUGGUAACACUGCUCGGCACGCCAAGGAACAUGGAGAUGCGAAGCUCGCAACUAUUUGCGGAAUCAUUGCCGCUGAUGAAAGAAGGCACGAGAACGCGUACACCAAGAUCGUAGAGAAGUUAUUUGAGAUAGACCCGGAUGGUGCCAUGCUUGCCUUCGCAGAUAUGAUGAGAAAGAAGAUUUCCAUGCCAGCGCAUCUAAUGUAUGAUGGUCAAAACGAUCAUCUUUUCGAUGACUUUUCACUUGUUGCUCAAAGAACAGGUGUUUACACUGCCCGAGAUUAUGCGGACAUCAUGGAGCACUUGGUGAAGAGGUGGAAUGUUUCCAGUAUUACAGGGCUCUCGGAAGAAGCGCUGGCUGCGCAACAAUAUGUGUGCUCACUGCCUCCUCGUAUCAGAAGACUCGAUGAACGUGCCCAAGCGAAAGUCAAGAAGGGUCCUAAGAGGGGAAGCUUCAGCUGGAUCUUCAAUAGAGAGGUUGCUCUAUUGUAGGUGCCGUCGUUUUUGUACAUAUAAUAUUUUGAUGCUAUAAAAGAUAUACGAUGUGUACCAGUCCGAACAGUGCAAGUGAUUAACAUUCUUAUAUGGUAGUCUUCUUCUGAUUGCUUUUCAAUUGGGUGGUAGUUUCAGACUGCUGUUUGGUCGCGUAGAUAUCCAAGAAGCAGGUCAUGGCCACUUGUUUGUGACUGGAGUCUUCUCGUGUAAUCUUUUUGUGGGCAAACGUGCGCGCAAUUGACCACCCUCAUGUGGUCUCAUUCAGAACAUGAAUGGCUUAUCUCA